AUGGCACCCGUAUCGCAUGAUACUCUGGAGAAGCUGAUGAAGGCGGUGAAACGACUUCUAAAAUUGAAAGGAAAAAGCAGUGAGAAGGUGGUAGAAGAGAUCGCCUCGCACAAGAAGAUCUUGAUAGAAAUGGACAACAUAUUUGUGGAGCAAUCCAAUGAAUUACUUUUUGUGGUGGAGCUGGUUCGUGGAACAAACUGGAUAGGACAAACUGCAGUAGCCGCGAAUAUAGCUACUAAAAAGGCUAUGUUAAACAUGGGUUCAUAG